CCGAAAUGCGAAACGCCUCCUCGUUGUAUAAGGAAAAGGAAAGCAGAAGAGGAAAAGAACCGUACAAUACACGUCUUGUCAGGUUCCACUUUAGCAGAAAAAGGUAAUCUAAUGGUGAAAUGUAGAUAGCUUUUCUUCUCUUUUCCUCUCGGUCUACGUUUCUUGUAAAGCAUGCAGCAGCAGCACCAACAACAACAUUAUUAGAAGCAAAAAACAAAGAGGUAGCCAAUCCAAUCAAUCAAAUUCAGAACAUUAAUAUUAGCCAUUCCGUUUCCAUUCUCUCGCCCUGUAAAAGAAGGAAUCUUCUGUUUUUGCUCUUCAGUCAAUCUGGAUUUUGAAUUUCUUCUCCCUAUUGAUACUACAAGUCCACAGAAUUUUGUGUAAGGAUCUGAUUGCGAGGAUGGGGAGGCUGUUUGUUGUGGAUCUUGAAGGGAAGAUCUAUAGUUGCAAGCACUGCAGGACCCAUCUUGCUCUUUAUGACGAUAUUGUUUCAAAGUCUUUUCACUGCAGGCAUGGGAAAGCCUAUCUCUUCAAUAAGGUAGCGAAUGUAUUUUUGGGAGAGAAGGAAGAGAGAAUGAUGAUUACCGGGCUGCAUACCGUUGCUGACAUUUUCUGUGUCGGGUGUGGAUCAAUUGUGGGUUGGAAAUAUGAGACUGCACAUGAAAGGAGUCAGAAGUACAAGGAAGGAAAAUCUGUGCUUGAGCGGUUUAAGGUGUCUGGUCCUGAUGGAAGCCAUUAUUGGGUGAAUCAUGAACACCACCACAUCGGUGGAAGUGAUGCAGACGAUGUUUGAUCAUCUGUCUUGCCGUUUUAUAUUGUACAUUCUUCUCUUCUGAUCUUAUUUAACCAUCGACUAUGAAAAACUGAAUUCCUCAUUUGGACAGCUCUGUCAACCAGCUGUCAAUAAUUGAUUCUAAACAUGGAUUGUUGAUUCUGAUGAAUUCAUAUCCAGUUUCGUA